ACGAUCCUCAUCAGUGAGCUCGAGAUUACCUGACUGAAAAGCCAGAAAAUCCAGCAUGACAGAAGCAUUCACAGAAACGACAGCUGAAUAUGCUUAUGACGAACAUGCUUUUUCCUGCAAUAAGACUGACAUCCAAGAAUUCGGGAAAAUAUUUCUGCCAAUAUUUUACAUGGCUGUGUUUGCUCUUGGCCUCACAGGGAAUCUAAUGGUGGUUUUUGCCUUUGCGAAGGGCAGUAAAAGCAUUACUGACAUCUAUCUCCUGAACUUGGCUAUCUCGGACCUCCUCUUCGUGAUCUCCCUCCCCUUCUGGGCUUUCAACACAGUGCAUGGAUGGACCCUCGGGACUAUUCCAUGCACAGCUGUUUCCUCGCUGUAUUACAUCGGUUUCUUUGGGGGAAUGUUCUUUAUCACUGUUAUCAGUAUCGACAGAUACUUGGCCAUUGUCCGGGCAACAUAUUCUCUCAAAUCCAGAACAGUGAAACAUGGCUUGCUUAUAACCUGCGGAGUAUGGGCAAUGGUGGUUUUAGUUUCAGUGCCACAAUUUGUGUUCUCCCAGCUGGUAGAAAAUGACUGCGUUUCUGUCUUCCCCCAGGAGCUGGAGAACAUCUGGCCAGUGUUCUGCAAUGUGGAGCUGAACACCAUUGGCUUUUUUAUCCCAGUCUGUAUCAUAUGCUAUUGCUACUGUGGGAUCAUCAAAACCCUGCUGUUCUGCAAAAAUCAGAAAAAAAAGCGAGCCAUAAAACUGAUCUUGGUUGUGGUGGUCGUGUUUUUUCUGUUUUGGUCCCCCUACAAUGUACUGAUUUUUCUAGAGACUUUAAAGCACUGUGAGUUAUUCAUAAGUUGCAACCAAAUUAAAUCACUGGACUAUGCAAUGCACCUGAGCGAAACCAUUGCAUUCAGUCACUGUUGUCUCAAUCCUCUUAUCUAUGCCUUUGCUGGGGAAAAAUUCAGGAAAUACCUUCAUAAUGUCUGCUUAAAGUACUGUCCGUUCCUAUGUUUCUGUGGCCCCUGCAGUCGCUACCAGGUUACCUAUUCAGCCAGCUAUGCAGAAAGUGUCAUUAACAGCAACAUAACCCUGAACACCAGUGACCAGGACGGCUCUGUUUUUGUCUAAAAGGCUCUGUGAAGAAGAAACGUACGUGUGUCUUCUGCAGGGCUAGCCACCGCUGAGAUUGCCAUCGCCCCUACGAAGAGACUUAAUGGCUGCACUGAAUUCUUGAUGUGACUCAUGUUAAGCAUUACAUAUUCUAAACCAGUAAAGAUUUUAAAAGCAAGAGGAGAACAAUAUGUCAAGGCUUAACAUGGAAUUGAACAGAGAGAGAGGAAGAGGGAAAAGAGAAGCAAAUGCAAUGCUCUGUGACAAGAACAGGAGAUUGAGAAGAACGUAAGGAUAAGGAAGCUAUCAAAAUUCCAUCAUCAAAACCUGUACACGUGCUGAGGUAUACACAUGGUACAAAUGCACAUAGACCUAAGCUCAUUUUUUUUUUUACAGGAAGGGAGAUCUCUCUGAUGAAUGGAAGCUGACUGUUAGCAAAAGGGAAUAUUUUUAGCAUUACAUAUAUUUGAUUGCAAUAAAUGUUUAACCUGCACUUUCAUACCUAAUAAAAUCCUACUGUUUGUUUG